AGAAACUUAACCUAACGGUUAGAAAACAAGGGCAGCGUGCCCGGCGCGGUGGCUCACGCGUGUAAUCUCAGCACUUUGGGAAGCCAAGGCGGGCGAAUCACUUGAGGUCAGGAGUUCGAGAACAGCCUGGCCCACAUGGUGAAACCCUUUCUCUACUAAAAAUACAAAAAUUAGCGGGGCGUGGUGGUGGGCACCUGUAAUCCCAGCUACUCGGGAGGCUGAGGCAGGAGAAUCUCUUGAACCCGGGAAGCGAAGGUUGUAGUAAGCCGAGAUCGCGCCACUGCACUCCAGCCUGGGCGACAGGGCGAGACUCUCGUUUCGAAAAAACAAACAAACAAACACAAAAACGAAAACGAGGGCAGCGUACGCGUUGCAUAGCAACCAGGUCUCCUGCCCUUCCCUUUGAGACAAGAGGCGGACCCGGACGCCCCGCUCAAAGAUGGCGGCUGGCUGAGCCGCUUUCAGUUUAUUUAGCUCUUGACAAUACUGACAAUAAUUCCGUCUAACCCAUCAGGCCCCUAGAAGGGCUAACUAUGCCCUUUCUGAGUCUUCCACGCGGUGGAAGCGAAGGAGGAUGGAGCUAGAACGAAGCCUCAGCGCGUACCCCGCACAAACAUGGCUGCAUUCCCAGCGGCCCUAAACCGCCCGACACGGGUGCGCGCGCGGCGCAGGCGCAUUUCCGCUCAUUCCGCGGUGUCGGCUGCGGCGGCAGUGGUGGUGGCGGGUACCGCACGGGGUAUGGUCCCCGGGUCCGAGGGCCCGGCCCGCGCCGGGAGCGUGGUGGCCGACGUGGUGUUUGUGAUUGAGGGUACGGCCAACCUGGGACCCUACUUCGAGGGGCUCCGCAAGCACUACCUGCUCCCGGCCAUCGAGUAUUUUAAUGGUGGUCCUCCUGCUGAGACUGACUUCGGGGGAGACUAUGGGGGGACCCAGUACAGCCUCGUGGUGUUCAACACAGUGGACUGCGCUCCCGAGUCCUACGUACAAUGUCACGCUCCCACCAGCAGCGCCUAUGAGUUUGUCACCUGGCUCGAUGGCAUUAAGUUCAUGGGCGGGGGUGGUGAGAGCUGCAGCCUCAUCGCGGAAGGACUCAGCACAGCCUUGCAGCUGUUUGAUGACUUCAAGAAGAUGCGCGAGCAGAUUGGCCAGACGCACCGGGUCUGCCUCCUCAUCUGCAACUCGCCCCCAUACCUGUUGCCUGCUGUUGAGAGCACCACGUACUCUGGAUGCACAACUGAGAAUCUUGUGCAGCAGAUUGGGGAGCGGGGGAUCCACUUCUCCAUCGUGUCUCCCCGGAAGCUGCCUGCGCUUCGGCUUCUGUUUGAGAAGGCAGCCCCCCCGGCCUUGCUGGAGCCACUGCAGCCUCCGACAGAUGUGAGCCAGGACCCGAGGCACAUGGUGCUGGUUCGGGGACUCGUGCUGCCUGUUGGGGGUGGCUCAGCCCCAGGCCCCCUCCAGUCAAAGCAGCCAGUCCCCCUGCCUCCCGCCACACCCUCAGGUGCCACUCUCUCAGCAGCCCCCCAGCAGCCUCUGCCCCCCGUCCCCCCGCAGUACCAGGUUCCCGGGAACCUGAGUGCAGCUCAGGUGGCCGCGCAGAAUGCAGUGGAGGCCGCCAAGAACCAGAAGGCUGGGCUGGGCCCUCGCUUCUCGCCCAUCACCCCUCUCCAACAAGCUGCUCCCGGAGUGGGUCCCCCCUUCAGCCAGGCCCCAGCUCCCCAACUACCCCCAGGACCCCCUGGCGCCCCCAAGCCACCACCUGCUUCCCAGCCCAGUCUGGUCUCCACCGUGGCCCCUGGCUCCGGCCUGGCUCCCACGGCGCAGCCUGGGGCACCGUCCAUGGCAGGCACUGUGGCCCCAGGAGGGGUGAGCGGCCCUUCCCCAGCCCAGCUGGGAGCCCCAGCCCUCGGUGGGCAGCAGUCAGUCUCCAAUAAACUUCUGGCCUGGAGCGGGGUCCUGGAGUGGCAGGAGAAACCCAAACCUGCCUCAGUGGAUGCCAACACCAAGCUGACGCGGUCACUGCCCUGCCAGGUCUACGUGAAUCAUGGCGAGAACCUGAAGACAGAGCAGUGGCCCCAGAAGCUGAUCAUGCAGCUCAUCCCCCAGCAGCUGCUGACCACCCUGGGCCCUUUGUUCCGGAACUCAAGGAUGGUCCAGUUCCAUUUCACCAACAAGGACCUGGAGUCUCUCAAAGGCCUCUACCGCAUCAUGGGCAACGGCUUCGCGGGCUGCGUGCACUUCCCCCACACGGCGCCCUGUGAGGUGCGUGUGCUCAUGCUCCUGUACUCGUCCAAGAAGAAGAUCUUCAUGGGCCUCAUCCCCUACGACCAGAGCGGCUUCGUCAACGGCAUCCGGCAGGUCAUCACCAACCACAAGCAGGUCCAGCAGCAGAAGCUGGAGCAGCAGCAGCGAGGAAUGGGACAGCAGGCACCCCCAGGGCUGGGGCCCAUUCUGGAGGACCAAGCAAGGCCCUCACAGAAUCUGCUCCAGCUCCGCCCACCGCAGCCCCAGCCUCAGGGUACCGUAGGGGCCUCUGGGGCCACGGGGCAGUCCCAGCCCCAAGGUACUGCCCAGCCCCCCCCAGGUGCCCCCCAAGGCCCUCCUGGAGCAGCUUCUGGCCCACCCCCUCCUGGACCCAUCCUUCGGCCCCAGAACCCUGGGGCCAACCCCCAGCUGCGAAGCCUCCUCCUCAACCCACCACCGCCGCAGACUGGGGUGCCCCCACCCCAGGCCUCCCUCCACCACCUCCAGCCACCAGGGGCUCCUGCGCUGCUGCCCCCGCCGCACCAGGGCUUGGGGCAGCCCCAGUUGGGGCCCCCACUCCUGCAUCCACCACCUGCCCAGUCCUGGCCCGCACAACUUCCCCCACGGGCUCCACUGCCAGUGGCAAAACGAAAGAGAGAAGGAGAGGGCCGCGUGUUUCGAGAAAAGUGGGAGCGAGCCUAUUUCUUUGUGGAAGUGAAGAGCAUGCCUAUGUGUUUAAUAUGCAAACAAAUCGUGUCUGUGUUGAAAGAAUACAACCUGAAACGCCACUAUGAAUCAAAGCAUAGUAAGAGCUACGACCAGUACACAGAACAGACUCGAGAUGCCAUCCUCAACGAACUGAAAAAGGGACUCAAAUGUCAAUAGGGUUUGUUUUGAAAAGCGAAUUAACAGAAGUGGCGCGGCAGUGGUACGCCGUUCCGGAAUCACGUGAGAAGAAUGACCUGGGCAUUCAGAGCUACAGCAGAUGGCGAGUUUAUAAAGGGAGCAGAGUGACGUGUCCUGCACAGAAACACAUGACUGUUGAGACCAUUAUUUAAGUCUAACGGGCAUUUGCGUUGCACAGUGAGUUGGAGAUAACUCGGGGGAUUUACAAGUCCAGUUGCUUGAAAGAGUCAAAUUGAUUGUGGCCUUUUCUUUCGCUGCUCAUAAACUAUUACCACCCAGUUAGCUUUAUUUAUUUGUGGUGUUAAGAAUCUUGAUGUGACCGAAGAAGUCUGUGGCAUGGUGCCAAGGCAGGCCCAACACUGGGAAAGGACUAAUUUUUUUUGUAUAUUGAGAGAAAAGUUUCACAUAGACUGGCCAGAGUGCCGAAGCACAACUACAGACAGCAUCAUGACAGGGGGACUUGGCAGGACAUCUUGAUCUAAGGCGACAGCAUUUGGCAAGGACACAGAAGUCGGAUCGUUGCAUCCAUCAUCAGGAGUUGACUUGUUCUGAGCCACUGAACAGAACACACCGCGAUGCUCUCAACACUUCUGCUCCUGGACUUCAGUCACAAGUGAGUUGAUGGUGACUUGACCUGAGAGAUUUCACAGAAGCUCUAUGACUUGGUUGUGGAAGAAAUCUGAACUGUUCAAGUUAACCAACUUGGUUCAUUUUAAAUCAGGCAAAAGCCACAGUGGGUUCCCCUGAGAAAGUUAGUCAAAGACUUCUGGUCAAGGUUAUGACCGUUCUGAACACUGAAUAUUUCUCCGCAAGGAUGUCCACAAACAGCUACUUGAAUGUAUGAUGGUGUAUGCUUGGUCCUGGGGAAUCCACCGGCAAGGAAAAAAAAACUUUUACUCUUUCCUGUGCUGCAGUCGGCUUUCAGAAAUGAAAGAAGUGGCCGGGACUGUAUUCACCUACGUCUUGGGGUUGAAGACCAAAUUCCCCCAAAGGCUCUCGGAAUCCAGACUCAUGAGAAGGAACAGACACUGUCCAGUUUGCCUUUGUUGGCAAAUGUUUCUUGUGUGAAUGCAGACCAUAAAUAGUAAUUGAACUACAGUGCAAUACGGCGCUGGUUCCUAAAUACAAGUCUGUGUGAAGAUGGUGAGAUUCUACAACUAUCUCCAGUAGUUGUCCUGAAUAUCCGUGUUUGGGAGUACCCACGCUUGUGAACAGCUGUUUUUCCGUUAUGAACCUGAAUCAAAUUAAACAUCGUUCCCAGUUGAAGGAUUCAAGGCUGAAUUCUAAACUGCCCGUCCCCACCGUGCCACCCGAGGCCUGACACUGACAUCUCGGUGUGGAAGGGAAGACGCCAGCCUUUUGGCUUCAACUCAAAGGCGCAAAAAGAAUUAUGAAAGAAAAUUUUAAUAAUUAAAUAUUUCUAUUUUUCAAUUUGUAUUUUUUCAAUUUUGAAUUUAAAAAUAUAAACUCCAGUAUCAUCCAUGUUUGUAUUAUGUUCCAUGCAUUCACCAUAGUUCAGUAAAGAUCCGAUUUGAUGAUA